ACAACUCAACCGUCGUUCGGAAUUCAAGGUCGUUCCGUUCAUUGUGCUCCUCGCUGUUGGUACGGGCGCAUAUAUCCUGCUGGUCAAAUCUCGCACCGCCAAACCAGCCGUUAAGUCAGAGUAAAAAAAAGGGGGAAAGGAAAUCAAUCUACCUACGCCUUAAGAGAGAAAUAAAAAUAAAAAAUGGCCACCGAAACCUCCAUCAAGAACAACACUCCCCGCUUCGCCCCCGACGAAGUCGACGUCGUUUUCGUCCUCGGCGGCCCCGGUGCCGGUAAAGGCACGCAAUCCGAGAACCUCGUUCGCGACUAUGGCUUCACGCACCUAUCUGCCGGUGACCUGCUACGCGCCGAACAGGUCCGCGAGGGUAGUCAAUACGGCGACCUGAUUCGGAACUACAUCAAAGAAGGCAAGAUCGUGCCGAUGGAAAUCACCGUUGCGCUGCUGUCCAACGCCAUGUCUGACACGCUGGCCAAACGUCGUAGCGGCGUCGACUCCGACACCAAGAAGCCGGCGAAGCCUCGGUUCCUGAUCGAUGGAUUUCCGCGCAAGCUUGACCAGGCGGUUUUCUUUGAAGAGACUGUUGCGCCGUCGAAAUUCACGCUCUUCCUGAGCUGUCCGGAGGAUGUGCUCGAGGCGCGUCUGCUGAAGCGCGGGGAGACUUCCGGUCGGGAUGAUGAUAAUAUCGAAUCGAUCAAGAAGCGGUUCCGUACCUUUAUUGACACGAGCAUGCCGGUCGUGGAUGAGUUUAGGAAGCAGGGUAAGGUGGUUGCGAUCGAGGCGGUGGGGACGAAGGAGGAUGUAUACGCUCGUAUCAGGGAGGGUAUUGAGGCCAAGGGAAUCAACCCGCUGUAAAGGAUAUCUUGAAGGAGAAAGUAUAUAAAUAUUUGUUGACUUAUUUUUUUUUUCUUUUUGGUUUACAAAACCACCCCGUUUUGGUCCCUACGAUUGGAUUAAAUACUUCAUCCAGCGGAUGCGUCCUACAGGAUAGAUAUAGAACAAGCCCAAUUCCAAGCAUUGAAUUGGUCGUGGAUAUGAUGAAGGGCAUUCGUAAUCACAGUUCAAUUGUUCGUUCCAUUUUCUUUUCUUAUUUCCCCCUCUAGUUUCUCGAAUAAGAACCUAUUCGACCUAACACAGUGGUCUCGUAUGUCAUCGGCCUUCCUGCUCCCUAACCUGAAUUCUGCUUUG